AUGGCGGCCGCCUUGCGGUCUAUCGGCAGUGCCUUCGCGGCUCAGACGCAGCCCGGGUCUGCAGGUAUUUCUAUUUGGAGAGAAAAAUAUGGUUCGCUUGGUUUUUUUUCAUGUUAAGCUAAGUUCAAGUGCCCCAAGAACCUUCAAGCAAAUGCGAAAAACAGGUUACUCACUCGCGUUCGGUGCCGCGUGCGGUAUCGGGCUUUCGGGUCUGGUGGCGGCCGGCCGAGCGGGCUACGUCCUGUUUCUAUCGCGAGAAAAAAGUGUUACAUUUACACAUUUGUUGGAGUUUCUGCAUCACAAAGUUCCUCGACAUGGCAACGAAAACCAAAACCUGCUGUGAUGCGCAGACCACUAUCAGGGAAAACUAAAACACGAAUGAAAUGAGGUUGGCAGGCAUUUCCUGCAUGACAGAGGUAGUUGUCUGUCUUGCUUGUCUUCCAUCAGAGUGUGUAAAUGUCACAGUUUUUUCUCGGGAUAGAUUCUCGACCACGACUACUACAAGCUUCAGUCAAGGCAGCGGUAUCUGGACAAGCAAACGAUCUUUUUCCAGGGGUUGCAGGAGGAAAACGAAGCCCACCGCCUGGCUGCGUUGGCGCAAGAAUUUGACCCCGUGGCCUGUCGCGCGCCUUUUAGUGCGGUGGAAAAGCAAUACAGAUUUUGAACUCGAGAAGAAUCUCGUCUGCAAGCCAAUAAAACUAUGUGAUUUUCGUGCUGGAAUAAAUCUUUAAGUUCACCGGCGUCGAUAGUACUAAGGCCCAUGCUGUGAGGACACCGGGAGAUUUGGUUUAGGACCUGCUUGAGGCCCCCUCGCACACACAAACAAAAACACCAGAUAUUAAAAGCCUAUGCAAUUUUUGCAUGAAUAUUCCUCUACUUCUGUCUUGGGGUUGAUCUUCUGGUCGUCUCACGUCUAAAGGAGGAGCUGUGCUGGGCUUCUUCCUCGUCAAAUGGAAUGUACUCACCAGAAGGAAAUUGUAGCAGAUACUUCGCGAAUUUAAGCAGAUC